AUGAUCCUUCUCUUGAAAGGGCCGGAGCAAAUUAUUGAACAACUCAAAGAGCAGAAUCAUGAGCAGCAAGAGCUUUUGCGAUCGCUUUCCGAAACUUGGAUGGCUGAUUGUGCUAGACACCAUCAAGAGACUGUUGAUGCGGUUCGCCAAACAGCGAAUGAACAAGUACCAUUCAAUGUCCAAGGGUAUCUUGAUGAGUUUAGUAAGGCUUUGGCAUCAGAAGUCCGUAUUUUGCUGGGUGAAGUAGGAAAACUCCGAGAAGAGCGACGUGGACUUCAACAUGAAAUCGGAUUCUUGCUGACCACGAAAUCCAAGUACGGUCCCGGAGGUGAAUUUGACGCUGAUUGGGCGCCUCCUUCCGCAGCGCCACCGCCCCCGCCACCGCCCCCCGAGCCCAUGCCGCCUCCAGAAGUUCCUCCCGCACGACCUGGUUGGAGGACUGUCAAUGUCCGUCCUAGUAAGAAAAAGAAGAGGGAUAGCGGACCACCUCCUGCCGCUCCUCCGCCUGGACCGGAUCCUCGCGCCCAAGUACGUUCGUGGGCACAAUGGCAACGUGACAUCGAGCCCCAGUUACUCGUCCCUGAUCAAGGUAGUCCGGGGUUGUUUGGGCCAAGGUCACCACGAGGUUCGAUCAUACGGUAA